CUGACGCUACGCUACCACCGGCUGCCAAGUCACUAAAAGCUGCCAGAAGUGAUGAAACAUGAAGAAAUACACUCACUGACCUGUGACCAAAAUGUUUAUAAGUAGAAAUUCAAGACGACUGUGAACGCUAAGUCAUUUGAAGCGGAUUCGAUGUACUAACCGGGUUAAUACUCUCAACUAAUGCUAGUGUUAGCAUUAGCCGAAGCGUCACAGAAGGAGGAAACACAGUUUUCAGCCUUGACUUUGGAGCAGUCAGAAAUCUGUGAGGCCUUUUCCCAGAGAGCAGAGGGCACAACAACUGCAGUUGUCUCUUCUCAGGCUGUUUUCAGCAUGCGGAACCGACAGAGGGGAUCCCACCUGGGCUUGCUGCUCCUGGCCUCCCAGCUGUUCCAGGUGGGUCUGGACAACAUCCCCCCUGUCACCCUGGCUGUCCUGGGACUCAACGUGUACCUUUAUCUGUUUCCUGCUGCUCCACUGAAUCGGGCCUGUGUGAGUGUCCAGCAGGCAUACUGGUAUGAAGACUGGCGCCGCCUGCUGCUGUCUCCAGUGCACCAUGUAGAUGAUUGGCACCUCUACUUCAACAUGGUGUCCUUCCUCUGGAAAGGUAUCAGGCUGGAGCGUCAGCUGGGUGGAGCCUGGUUCGUCUACCUGCUGUCAGUCUUCUCUUUGCUCACCGGAUUGGUCUAUCUGGGGCUGGAGGCGGUGUUAACAGAGCUCACCCAGGACCAGUCCUACAGCAUGGCCUGUGCUGUUGGCUUCUCAGGUGUCCUGUUUGCUCUGAAGGUGCUCAGUAACCAUUACCAUCCUGGAGGUGUGACCUAUGUGAUGGGUUUACCUGUGUCUAACCGCUAUGCUAGCUGGGCAGAGCUAGUGCUAAUCCACAUAACGUCACCUGGGACCUCUUUCAUUGGUCACCUGUCAGGUAUCCUGGUGGGUCUACUCUACACUAGUGGACCUCUGAAGGCCAUCAUGAAGAAGUGUGCAGGGGCUGUGACAUCAAACGGAUAUAACUCGCGGCCCAGCACAUACUUCAACUCUUCAGGCUUUUCAGGCUACAGUGGCACACAUGGAGGAUACCAAGAAUACCAUCAGUAUGCACCAGAUCACACAACAAAUCCUACAGAAACCUAUACAGGUGGACUAACAGAAGAAGAGCAGAUACAGGCAGCCAUCAGAAACAGCCUGAAUGACAGAGGACAAAGCAACCCAAGAGGAGCCCCUCCUCCUUAUGGUUUCCACCUCUCUGAGGAGGCCAGAGCCGAGGACAUCAGGCAGAGGAGGCUGAGGAGGUUUGACAACUGAACGGCCAGAGAGGGAAGGAGUAGAAGGUUCAGGUGAAAAGACAGAUGAGGAAUUCCCUCCCGAGGCCUCGUCCAUCUCUGCUCCCACAGGCUGAGGAAGAGCGUCCUGAAUGGCAAGGUUCAACCACACAGUCUGACACAUUUAACAGCUCUGACUGUGUGGACAUUUAUGUCAAUGUUACGUUAAGUAAGCUUUGGAACGCUCCUUUAACGCUACUUAGAUGCUGAAGUUGUCUCCCGAUUUGCAGUUUCCUGUUGGAGAAUUAAGAGGAAAGCUGAGAGGAAUUUGUCAUUUUUCUCAGGUAGUUUUCUUUUAUUACACCAUUUAAAGUUGUGAACGGGUAUCAGAGAUCACAUCAGAUGCUUUAAAACCCAAUUACAAAUUUGAUAAACAUGAAUGAACAGAAAAAAAACAGUAAUAGCACUUAUUUUUCUCUAUCCACCUGGUCCAGUUCCAAAUAUAAAAACCUGUCAAACCAGGACUAGAUUCAAGAUUCAAGUAGAUUCAAGAGAUGUAACAUUCAGUUCCAGAAACCUGAAGGAAAAAGGCCAUUCUCACUGCUUCCUCUCCAACUAGACCACGUAAGACCAAGUUUAGCUAAAACAUCAAGAAACAUGAGAUUUAUCAACCCGGGAUUAGCUCGUGCCAGUCUAAUCUAAUGGAGUGUAAGUACAGUUGCUUAGACCUACACUGUAUCGUAUGUGGUCUGUUGGGGAAAAAGCUGUGAAAUCAGCCUUUUUCUGUUCUCACAAAUAGAAUAAAGAUUUUUCUCAUUUUAAAUUGGUUUUUAAUCUGAAAACUAAAAGCUAAACCAAUGAAGUGGUUAGAAUUAAGUGCUAUUAGCAAACUUCAGAUGGCAGUAUUGAGAAAACUUGAAGUGAAGCUGGAAGUUACAUUUUUAUUGGGGUUGCAAAUUCAUCAACCCACGAUGACACCCAUGUUAACUCUGAACCAUCCAGUAUUUUCAAAAUGGGCUCAGCCAAUAGACAUCAGCGAUACCAGAAUGAUGCUUUUGUGCUAGAUCAGUGCUGUUGCUCUCUCUAUGCUCUUUGUGAUGUCCUGACUGAUUCCCUUUUUCCUUUCAAAUCUGUUUAUAUCAUUACCAAAGCACAAUACUCUAUAGUGCCUAAUAGUCUUACAUAACCCAUAGGCCACUGCUAUAGCUGAUGAAUGUACAUGAAAAUGUCACACAUCUGGUUUCAGGAAGGCCCAAUAAGCUCAUAUAUUUGUAAUAAAAGUUCUUCGGAGCACAACAA